ACCACGCUUUAAUUUUGAAAGACCGGAGCUGAGCAGGAGCGUUUCCUGUCGGGUUUGUUGUUUCCGGUGUGGAUGCAGCUGUUGGAGGUCCCAGCAUCAAAAUGACCAAGCUGCAGCUGCUGAACGCUUACCUGACGGAGCGGCUGACGGUGGUGGUGAAGGAGAUCCUGGACGUGGUGGAGGAUACGGUGGCCGAGUACCGGGAGGAGACCGCCAGAGCCAAGCGGGAGAACGAGAGCCUGCGGAGGCAGCUGCGGGACAUCCUGCUCCUGGAGGCCGGGACCGAGUGGCUGAAGUCCACCAGGUCCAGUCUUGGUUUGGCGGCUCCCGAUCGGCCUGGUGAGCCCGAGCGGAGGCCUCGCUCCGAAGAGCCGGACUCCAAUCCGAACCCACCCAGACCGCCGCCACCUAAUGUGGCCAAGCCCACUCAUGAGCAGGUGGUGUCCGUGCAGCUGCUGGCGGUCCACAGCGACUCAUCUCCGGGGCCGGUGCACCUGCCUGUGGAGAAGAAGCUCUUGGAGCUGCGGGACGUGGCGCCGAAGCCUGACCGUCUACAGGAAGCGUUUGGGAAAACUUCACCUGUCACCUCGCACUCCUCGCUGAAACCUCCCACUGUCUCAGUCCCCAAAAUUCACAUUGAAGUUCCUGCAGUGCUCAGUGAGGAGCCCCGGGCUCCGCCCCCCGUGCUCAUCAAAGCUGAACCUGAUGAGUACAGCGUGAGCGAGCCCAAAGGUCGCACAGACUCUCUGACUGAGGCUGCAAACAGUGCCACAGAAGAGUUCUGGAGCAGGGCGGAGGCAGAGAGGACGGUGGUGGUGGUGCGCGCUGAGAGGCAGGAAGCUGAGCGGAGCAGGAAGUCCUCCCAGGAGAAGCCGGCAGCCGGAGACAGCGCAGCCUCCGCUUUCAUCCCCGAACUUGUCCAUCGCUGCCCGCGCUGUGGCGAGGCCUUCGGACAGGCCACCAGCCUCCGCCUCCACCUGGAGCAGAAGAGGAAGACCUACGCCUGCGACUGGUGCUGCAAGUCUUUCGCGCAGUCGGCCGACCUGCGGCGUCACCUGCGCACGCACACAGGGGAGCGGCCGCAUCGCUGCACCUUCUGCUCCAAGAGCUUCAGCCAGAGAGGAAACCUGCGACGGCACCUGCGCAUCCACACAGGCGAGCGGCCAUACAGCUGCCCGUUCUGCUGCCGCACCUUCAGCGACGGCGACACCAUGAAGAAGCACAAGCGCACGCACUCGGGAGAGAAACCGUACCGCUGUGCGCAGUGCGCCAAGACCUUCACCAGCGCCAGCGGCCUGCAGAUUCACAUGAAGAAGGACAUGUGCUUUGUGGCUAACGCCUGAUUGGGCCCCUUUGGGAAUGGACGCCAUUAGGAUAGAGCGGAACGAUCAGGCAGAAAUGCUCAGACAUAGCAGCCAAUCAGAGUCCUCGAAUGAAAGCUGGAUGUAUGACUGAUGAUGUCACUUCCAGGGAAGCACCGGUCCGAUGUUUCAGACAGCUGAAGCCGUUUCAGGUGUUCUGUGUUUACUCUCAUUAGCAGCAGGUGAGCUAGCGCAGCAGAGAGCACGCUAAUGGUGACGGAGCGAGGGGCCGGCAGCGUUUCGUGCUGAUGCACCCACAGAUUUCUUUCUGUGUGUGUAAAAUAGAGCUGGGCGAUAUAAGAUUUUUUCAUAUCACGAUAUGUUUUUUUCAUUUCAGGCAAUAACGAUAUAUAUCACGAUAUAAGCCAAAUAACUAUA